ACUAGUAUUGCUGGUACUGAUAGCGAUGGUAGUGGUGGUAGUGUUGCCGGAGUGGUGGUGGUCGCGAUAGUGGUGGUGGUAGCAACGACGUUACUAGUGGCGGCGGUAAAAGCUGGUGGUGGUGGUGGUGGUGGUGGAAUGGAACACACGGACCAGUCGAGCCUCCCUCGCACACGUAAGAGCAUGAAACGGAGUCGAGAGUAACACGAGGCGAGCCAGUUCGCUGUCGACUGCGUUCGGAGCAGGACGUGUGUCGAGUCCCACGUCGAGUUUAUUGGCUAUAUAUAAAUACAGACUCGCGAGAAAACCUCCCUGAACGUCGCAUUCGUUCGGUGAAAACGGCGAGUUCUGGGAUUACCCAGGAUCCACAGCCAGUUUUGUUUUACACGUGCCGGGAUUUGUGGAUCUGUACCACGAGGGAAAAAGGAAAAAAGUGUAUUUGUGCGUGAGGGUGCGUGAAUCGAGGGAGGAAGUAACCGGUGAAGUGCCGGCGGUCUAUGAGAGGAAAAUGACCGAUCACGUGGUGGAAAGUACGUUCGAGCUUUCAGCUUUCAUGAAAGCCGGUGUCAUGGCGGGCUCUGAGAGGGACAGCGGUUCUUGCAGCAGUGCCGACGAGGACAGUAGAUCGAGCCUGCAUUCGCCUACUUCGUCUGAGGACAGUGUUGAAGUGCAGGUGACACCGAUUUCAUUACGAAAUAAGCGUAAGCUGGCGGAGCCACGGAAGAUUCAAGAACCGGCAGUCAUCGCGGCGCCGUUGAAGAAAAGACGGUUCGAUCCUAUUUCCGAGGAGACAACCGUGGAUCAAGAGGAGCCCAGGUCGUUGAACACGCCGAAUCCCUUCAGACCGUGGAUUCCUGCCUCCUACAAAAACGAAUCGAAGACAACCGCGACUUCGUCGACGACGACAUCGACGAAUACGAUUUCCAACACGAUAACAACAACAACCACGACGACGACGACGACAACGACACUGACCGGCGAAAAAGAGGACGAAGAGGAAGAAAGGAAAAGAGAGCAAGACGAGACGACGCAGAGGCUGCACGAAUCGUUCAGAAGACUACAACAUCCUACCGGUCAUAAUCGAUCGCCUGUCUCCUCUCGACGGGAGCCUCGUCAGAGGUUGUUCGAGCCAGCACCAACGACGACAGCAGCAGCAGCAGCAGCAGCAACGACAACGUCUCCGUCGAACAUGAUCCCUCUACCGCAUCCUAGGCUGCAGGACGAACCGUUGUCCUUGGUUGUGAGAAACGAGGCGCUCAGAGUGCCGUCGCAUCCCGCUGUAAGUGGCUCCUACGAGAAGACGCCGUCGUACAUGAUGGAACACCUGUUGGCGACUUCGUCCGGCCGGAGUCAAAAUCAUCAGACUCACCAGAGUCCACGGAGUCACCAGAGUCACCAAGCGGCCGCCACGACGUCGAGACACCAGCAUCAGGGUGGUCAGCAGAGAAAUUAUAAGAACAUGACGAGAGAGAGACGGAUAGAGGCGAACGCCCGAGAGAGAACCAGGGUGCAUACCAUCAGCGCGGCCUUCGACACAUUGAGACACGCCAUACCCGCGUAUUCGCACAACCAGAAGCUGUCGAAGCUAUCGGUACUGAGGAUUGCCUGUAGCUACAUCAUGACGCUCAGCAAGAUCCUCGGGAAGGACGGUGAAAUGACGGCCGCAAAAAACAAUAGCCUCGCAGGCUUGAGCAGCUGCGUGGAGCAAGUCUCCAGGACCAUUCAGACGGAGGGCAAGCUAAGAAAGCGGAAAGACGAUUGAACGAAUCGUCGUUUCCACCUGGAAACAACGGGAACAGGCUGAAAAUGACGGACAAUAAAGUCUGUUACAACGAAAACAAGCGGGAGAUGUUCCGCAUUGUCAAACGCUUAAACGUCUUCUAUUCUCGAUGCCAUUUAAUUUGCGGAGGAGAGGAGGACGACCUAGGAUUAAGUAAGCAACCGUUAAUCUAAGCAGCUGAUUAUCGUCGGAUUUCUACUCUGCGCGUGUUAAUUCGUGAACUAUAGGAAUACGUUAAUCGGAGUCGCGAAGGAACGGGGGCGACGGAAGGAUAUUCGAAAGAAGUGACGAUAAGAUCACAAUUGAAUCGAGUCUUGUUCGCAGAAAAUGUUAUAGGAUAACUAUUUGUCGUUUUACAAAAAUUGUAUAGGUAUUAUACGCUUUUUGAAAUCAUAAUAAGCUUCAAAUUAACAGACUUUAUACUUUAUUCAGCAGAGAAUUUUUCGCGGCGUCCUCACAAUGGGAAUGUCUAUCAUCUACAUACCGAUACUUAGCAGUUGCACAACCAGACAAUAAAUCUUUAGAAAGAUUCUCAUACUUGUAAGAUCACGCUUAAUUUACGACAGACACCGCUGCAGACGUUGCACCGCAUCACGAAAUUUACGGUAGAGAGCGGCGAACAUUUACGUAGGAUUUGACAAUUCAUAAUAGAAGCUAGUCUCGAAGCUAUCUUGAUACCCUUUCAAAAUGGUACCGGCUAUUACAUCUAAUUUGCUAAUCCCCAUACAUCUGUAUUUUUAUCUCAAAGCAUGAAAAAUUCUACAAUUCUUAAACUCUCUUGUAAAGUGUGAAUUAAAAUUUAUGCAAAUUUAAUUAGUACACGCAGUUUGUAAAAAUGUAAUUUAAAUUAAACUUCAACUAA